GCAAAUGAAGUUUAUUAAAUGCACCAGUCUUUGCUCCAGGAGCUGGAAUGAAACAAUUCCUACUAGAAAGAUUUUAUAUUCUAAUGGAUUGAGACAACAAUUCACAAAUCAAAAUAUACACAGCAUAAAUGAAAAGUUGACAAAUAUAAAUUUAUACAACGUAAUUAAUAAAAGUUAAUUUGAAAGGGAGGACAUUAGACUUUGAAGAGAUUUAGAGAUUUUACGCAGAACAUGGUCUUUGAGCUGCAUUUUAAAAAGAGAAACUAUUUGAUCGAGAUGAAGAGGUUCUUUCUAGGCAUGUGGGACAACCAGGUCAAAGGCAGAGUCAGAAGAUGGAGUGACUGGUGUGAGUUUGGCUGGAUCGGAGAAUGAGGGUAGAAUGUCAUAGAAGCAGGUGACCAGUGGUUGUUUGCAUAACUUGCAUUACUCUAGGAGAGAGGAUGGCUGAAUCGGGAGGUAAUCCUCACCAAGAGUAGCACCUGCCCCUUACUGUUUUUCUUCAAUGAACCCUACUCCCUACCCCUAGCGCCAUCCCUCCCUCCCCGCCCCCAUGCCUCUGCUUCUAAGCAAGUAAAAUUACCCGGGCUAGAGAAAAGAACUGCCUUUCCUACCCCGUCCUAUUGAUGAACUAUGCACAAUUGGUAUCUCUCCUUCCACCUUCCCCGUUCCUCCUCUCUACCUAGUUCCUUCAACACCAACCCCUCUCUAGCUCCUAGCCCAACCAUCACUCUCACCCCUUCUUCCUCUCCCCAAAGCCUAACACAGCAAUUCAUUCUCCUUUACCCGCAGGUGAUGUCAUGCCCGUUGUUUUGGUACGACCGACCAAUAGGACUCACCUCCUGGAUUCUACAGGAGCCGAGAUGGGCCCUUCCUCACACCAGCAGCAGGACUCCCACCUCUCUACCAUAACGCAUUGCGCAGAGUGCACCACCGUCUGGUCUCCCUGCAGCUUUAACAGUUCUGAUAUGGAAACCCCAUUGCAGUUGCAGCGAGGCUUCUUUCCGGAGCAACAGCAGCAGCAGCAAAAUCAGCAACAGCCGAAGCAGCUGACUCAAGACAAACCGUGCCUAUCCUUCCAGCAGCACUCAAAGCAACAUUACUACCAUCACCACCACCACCAGCAGCAGCCACAGAUACACCAGUGGCAGCCGGGCAGUAGCGGCAGUAGCUCAUGCCUUCAGUGCAACAGCUGCGCCUCCUCCAGCGCCCAGGUGGCGGGGGGAAGGGUGGGGGAUAAUCUGCCUCUGCUUCUCCGCACCUCAUCACCUGGCAGCGCUUUUGGAACCCGCAACUCUUCUCCUGUUUCCACUUCAUCCUGCUGCUGCUGUUCUUCUCGGAGGGGCAGCCAGCUCAAUGUGAGUGAGUUGAAUCCAUCUAGCCAUGCCAGUGUCUCCAGGAAGCAGCAGCAGCAGCAGCAGCAGCAGCAGCAGCAGCAGCAGCAGUUUGCACAAUACCAAUACUCUUCCCAAUACCACCAGUGCAGCCUGCAGCAGGCUGCUAGCCCCACUAGCAGCCUCAGAAGCAGCGGCGGCGGCAGCGGGCACCCCCACCACCACCAUCAUCACCAUCACCACCAGCAGCUGCAGCAGGGUCGCCGGGAAAGCAACCCCUUCACUGAAAUAGCCAUGAGCAGCUGCAGGUACAACGGAGGAGUAAUGCGUCCACUCAGCAACUUAAGCUCCUCCCGCAGGAACCUGCAUGAAAUGGACUCAGAGUCUCAGCCCCUGCAACCCUCGGGGUCUGGUGGCUGCAGGUCCUCUCCCCCAACUGCAGCGGUACCUGCUACUGCUGCUGCCCCAUCUUCCUCAGCUCCGGAGAUAGUAGUGUCCAAACCUGAGCACAAUAACUCUAACAACCUAGGACUGUUAGGAAGUGGAAGAUUAGGAGGAGGUGGGAGUGGGAAAAUCACUAGACCGAGCAGCAGAUGCAGCAAGUUUAGCAAGAAGAAAACCCAGAACAUAGGUUACAAACUAGGCCUUCGGCGAGCGUUAUUUGAGAAGAGAAAGCGGCUCAGCGACUACGCUCUCAUCUUCGGCAUGUUCGGGAUUGUGGUCAUGGUCAUUGAGACUGAGCUGUCCUGGGGCGCCUACGACAAGGCAUCCCUGUAUUCCCUAGCUCUGAAAUGCCUUAUCAGCCUCUCUACAAUUAUCCUGAUUGGUCUUAUUAUUGUGUAUCACGCCAGGGAGAUCCAGUUGUUCAUGGUGGACAAUGGAGCAGAUGAUUGGAGAAUAGCCAUGACUUACGAGCGUAUUUUUUUCAUCUGCUUGGAAAUACUGGUGUGUGCUAUUCAUCCCAUCCCUGGAAAUUAUACAUUCACAUGGACAGCCCGGCUUGCCUUCUCCUAUACCUCAUCCACAACAACUGCUGAUGUGGAUAUCAUUUUGUCUAUACCAAUGUUCUUAAGACUCUAUCUUAUUGCCAGAGUUAUGCUUUUACAUAGCAAACUUUUCACUGAUGCCUCCUCUAGAAGCAUUGGAGCUCUUAAUAAAAUAAACUUCAAUACACGUUUUGUUAUGAAGACUUUAAUGACUAUAUGUCCAGGAACUGUACUGUUGGUUUUUAGUAUCUCCUUAUGGAUAAUUGCUGCAUGGACUGUCCGAGCCUGUGAAAGGUACCAUGAUCAACAAGAUGUCACUAGCAACUUCCUUGGAGCAAUGUGGUUGAUUUCAAUAACUUUUCUCUCCAUUGGUUAUGGUGACAUGGUACCUAAUACAUAUUGUGGAAAAGGAGUCUGUUUACUUACUGGAAUUAUGGGUGCUGGUUGCACUGCGCUGGUGGUAGCUGUGGUUGCAAGAAAAUUAGAACUUACCAAAGCUGAAAAACAUGUGCAUAAUUUCAUGAUGGAUACCCAGCUAACCAAAAGAGUGAAAAAUGCAGCUGCCAAUGUACUCAGGGAAACAUGGCUAAUUUACAAAAAUACAAAGCUGGUAAAAAAGAUAGAUCAUGCAAAAGUAAGAAAACAUCAGCGUAAAUUCUUACAAGCAAUUCAUCAAUUAAGAAGUGUGAAAAUGGAACAGAGGAAGCUAAAUGAACAAGCAAAUACAUUGGUGGACCUGGCCAAGACCCAAAGCCUCAUCUGUGACAUGGUUUCUGAUCUAAAUGAAAGAAGUGAAGACUUUGAGAAGAGGGUUGUUACCCUAGAAAAUAAAUUAGAGACUUUGAUCGGUAGCAUUCAAGCCCUCCCUGUACUAAUAAGUGAAACAGUCAGUCAGCAGCAAAGGAAGUUCAUGGAAGCUCACAUGCAGAGCUUGAACCUGGAAGGUUCCCACAGUGCAGAUCGAUCUCGGUCCUUGAGUCGGAGAAGGAGGUCCUCCUCUACAGCACCACCAACUUCAUCAGAAAGUAGCUAGAAGAGAAUAAGUUAACCACAAAAUAAAAGACUUUUUGCCAUCAUAUGGUCAAUAUUUUAGCUUUUAUUGUAAAGCCCUAUGGUUCUAAUCAGUGUUAUCUGGGUUCUGAUGUCAGAAUUCUGGGAACCUGAACACAAUGUUUUAGGCCAAAAUGAGUGAAAACUCUAUUCUUUUCUUUCAGAUGCACAGAGAAUGCACCUAUUAUUGCUAUAUAGAUUGUUCCUCCUGUAAUUCUACUAACUUUUUAUUCAUGCACUUCAAACUUUACUACUACAGUAUAUAAUAUAAUAAAAAGGUUAAUUUCUGCA